GCGAAGCGGGGCUGGCAGCUCGGAGCCGAGAGUGGCAACCCGGCGCGAGCAUCCAGCGCGGGAGGACCGGCAGCAGCAACGGCAUGAGUGCCCCCCGGCCCGCUGUGCAGGAGCUCAGCCCAGCUGAGGAGGCUGGAGACCCAGCAGGGAAGGCUGCGGUAGGUGCCCGGGAGAAGGGCCCUCGGCUGGGCCAGCGACUGCCCUCGAUCGUAGUGGAGUCCAGCGAGGUGGGUUCUGUGGAGAGUGGGGAGCUGCGUUGGCCCCCCGAGGGCGCCUUGAGGGGGUCAGCCCAGAGCCAGGUUGCUUCUGCCCCCUCACCAAGUCAGCCGGGAGCACCAGGGAAGGUUCCGGAUGAUGCUGGCAGUGAGCGCGCCAGCUGCCAGGCCCCGGCCCCCCAGUGAGAGGACUGGGACAGGCAUGGCCGGAUUCUGCUGUGCGAGGGCCCUGCAAACCCCGCCUCCCACCCCUGCUCCUGACAGCUGAGCGGCCUCAGCCCCAGGGUGGCCGGGCUGAUGCUUGGAGCAGGGAGAGCUGAGCCGCUGCCUCCUGCCUCAGAGGGUCUGGCCGGGACCACGGGCCUGCCCUCUCCCAUCCACACCCCGGGGUCCAGAUCACACCCUCCUUGUUCCGUGGUUUGAAGCAGAAAUAAAGGCUCUUCCUGGUG